AUGAAAUUCGUCGACAUUUCUAUGGAUUUACAUAACCACAAAAGUUCGGCAGUUCAAAAUCUGGCAUUAACCCAAUUGGGAUUGAUUUUUUUGUUGUUUUCCGCAAUUGAUUCCGCGAACUAUAAAAAAAGUAGUAACUAUACUUUCGCAAAGUCCGCCGCAAACAUGUCCAUCAAUCCCGUAGUAAUAUCUUCUUCCGUUAAACAGACGGCCACUGUCAUAUUUCUUCAUGGUCUUGGAGAUUCAGGAAAUGGCUGGGCUGAAGCCAUGACACAAAUAAGACAACCUUAUAUGAAAGUUAUAUGUCCAUCUGCGAGUCCGAUGCCAGUAUCUCUGAACCAAGGUUUCCGUAUGCCGUCAUGGUUUGAUUUGUUUACUUUAGAUGAAUCUGGUCCAGAAGAUGAAAAUGGAAUUAAAGAAGCUGCUAAAUUAGUGCAUUCACUUAUCGAUCGUGAGAUUGAAACUUCCAAUGUGCCAUCAUCUCGUAUUGCCCUUGGUGGGUUUUCACAAGGUGGAGCUCUUGCUUUGUACUCAGCUUUUACUUAUAACAAACCAUUAGCUGGAGUUAUGGCUUUAUCUUGUUGGAUACCAUUACAUAAAACUUUUCCAGCAGCUGCUUUAAGUAACAAAGAUAUGCCAAUAAUUCAGUGCCACGGUGAUUGUGAUCCAAUUGUACCACUAAAAUGGGGUCAACUUACAGCAUCCAUUCUUAAGUCCUUUGCUAAAAAUACCGAACUGAAAACAUACCGAGGUUUGAUGCAUAGUUCAUCUGAUAUGGAAUUAAAGGAUCUUAAGAAAUUCCUGGAAACGGUCCUCCCUUCAGUGUAA